AUGAUACUACCGGUCUGUCCACGAAGCCUCCAGAAAGGUGAACCUAUACAAACGCCAUGGUCCACUCAUGUCGUCGUCAAGGAGAUCCUCGUAACCACCCAGGUGGGCAAUUUGACCUUUUACGGUGUCCGUGCCGAGACCCAAGACUCCUACCCUUGGGACUGGCUGAGCACAGAAAGCCUUCUCUGGGUUUUUGACGAUGGAACAGGUCCUCGGAUGUGGCAGCAUCCGGCUCAACCAGUGCCGUACAGUUUUCAGGAGCCAGAAAAUAACUUGGAGCGUAUCGUAGGCCAUUACGAGUCGAGGAGCGGGGAAUGCUACGUUGCGGUCAAAUGGAAGAACUGCUUGUCACCAACGUGGGAGCUGGAGGAGAAUAUGGGCUGUCUUGCUGACGCCCUCACGUGCUAUUUCAAUAACAUUUCAGACCAGAGCUGGGCCGAGUAG